UCGCCGUACUGCCCACACCGUGCGCUCGUUGUGUGCUCCAGCAGGCCCGGUGCGAGAAUCGAAAUCAUCGAAGAUGGCCCAGGAAGUCUGGGUUUGUACAUCCAGAAGCUGCGUGAAGAGGACUCUGGCACCUACAACUGCUCUGCCGUGUACGCUGGCAACCAGAAUCUCAAGUCAUCCAUACAAGUCAUGUCUUUCGUGAAAAUCGACUUCGGCGACACGCCGAGCCACCAGACGCCCAUCGUAGGCACGGACGAGCUCAUCAAGUGUCUGGUCACAUCCAGCCCCUCCCCUGUCAUAGACUGGCUCAAGGACGGACGGCCUCUGCGCACAGCUCCUGGGCCUGUGGAGGAGUUGACCUCUUCCACGACGUUCACUUCCAUCAGCCUGCGGUGGAGGAAACCUUGUCCUCCCAUGGCCGCCAUCAGCGGCUACCGCGUCAAGGUGGCUACAGUCUCUCACUACGUCCACGCGUCGGAGUGCAGCGACAGCGCAGCCCACUUCUGCCACACCAUCAAGGAACUACAACCUGAACGCACGUACAACAUUGAGGUCAGGCUUAGUAUGACGGGACAAGCAGGUUGCGCCUCAAAUGAUAUCAAAAAUAUUCAACCAUUCCACAAUCUGAGCACUGCUGAAUUGCAACUGACGCAGCUGCAGGCGUACACUGAGUACGAGGUGUGCGUGUACGCCUACAACGAGGGAGGAAUGAACAAGAAGUGUGAAGUGUUUGAGACCCUUCCGGACAAAGCUCCUGGGCCUGUGGAGGAGUUGACCUCUUCCGCCACGUCCACUUCCAUCAGCCUGCGGUGGAGGAAACCUUGUCCUCUCAUGGCCGCCAUCAGCGGCUACCGCGUCACCACCAUCAGCGGCAACCGCGUCCUUCACUACGUCCAAGCGUCGGAGUGCAGCGACAGCGCUGCCCACUUCUGCCACACCAUCAAGGAACUACAACCUGAACGCACGUACAACAUUGAGGUACAAAACUGCGCCGCUGACUUGUACAGCGCAUGUUCUGCAGCUGAAGUGAUAAGCGUCACGACAGGACUAGCAGCUCCUGCGGUCCCUGUCUUGAGCGUGGCGCCAGCUGUGACCUCCGCCAGCGUGGCUUGGACGGCUCUGCGGGGACAGUUUUUCAACGUGACUCUGGGGAUGACGGGAAGAGCCGGUUGUGCCUCCAAUGAUGUCGAAAAUGAUCAACAUUUCCGCAAUCUGAGCACAUCUGAAUUGCAACUGGCGCAGCUGCAGGCGUACACUGAGUACGAGGUGUGCGUGUACGCCUACAACGAGGGAGGAGACAGCAAGCAGUGCGAAGUGUUCAAGACCUUGCAGGACAAAGCUCCUGGGCCUGUGGAGGUGUUGACCUCUUCCACGACGUCCACUACCAUCAGCCUGCGGUGGAGGAAACCUUGUCCUCCCAUGGCAGCCAUCAGCGGCUACCGCGUCACGGCGGCUAGAGUCCUUCACUACGUCCAAGCGUCGGAGUGCAGCGACAGCGCUGCCCACUUCUGCCACACAAUCCCGGGACUGCAACCUGAACGCACCUACAAUAUUGAGGUAUGA